AUGAUGUUUCCCGGGCUCCUCGCGCCCCCCGCGGGGUAUCCUAGCCUCCUUCGGCCCACGCCGACGUUGACACUGCCCCAGUCCCUUCAGUCGGCAUUUUCUGGCCAUUCCAGCUUUCUAGUGGAGGAUCUGAUCCGCAUCAGCCGGCCUCCAGCCUACCUGCCCCGCAACGUGGCAGCCGCCAGCAUGUCGCCGCCCAGGCAGGGAGCGCCCGCGGCUAUCACGGACUCAGGGACCUCGGACCUGGGAUCCCCGGGUUCAGGCAGCCGGAGAGGCAGCUCUCCGCAGACUGCCCUCUCCCCUGCCAGCGAGCCCACGUUUCUGAAGUUUGGAGUGAAUGCCAUUCUUUCCUCGACGCCUAGAACAGAAACAUCCCCCGCCUUGCUCCAGAACCCCCCUCCCAAGACGUUUGCUUUUCCUUACUUUGAAGGCUCCUUCCAGCCCUUUAUCAGAUCUUCUUAUUUCCCAGCGUCCUCCAGCGUCGUGCCCAUCCCGGGGACCUUCUCCUGGCCGCUGGCCGCCCGCGGCAAACCUCGCCGGGGCAUGCUGCGUCGCGCGGUGUUCUCAGACGUGCAGCGCAAGGCGCUGGAGAAGAUGUUCCAGAAGCAGAAGUACAUCAGCAAGCCCGAUCGCAAGAAGUUGGCGGCCAAGUUGGGCUUGAAGGACUCACAGGUGAAAAUCUGGUUCCAGAACCGACGUAUGAAAUGGCGGAACUCCAAAGAGCGCGAAUUGUUGUCUAGCGGGGGCUGCCGUGAACAGACCCUUCCCACCAAGCUCAAUCCGCACCCCGACCUGAGCGACGUGGGCCAGAAGGGCCCCGGCGACGACGAGGAGGAAGACGAGCGCCCUGGAAGCCCCAGCCACCGCCUGGCCUACCAUGCGUCCCCGGACCCUCAGCACCUGCGGGACCCGCGGCUGGAAGGGCCGCUGCCCGCCUCCCCCGCGCUCUCCGGCAGCCCCGGCAAACCUUCGGACUUCUCCGACUCGGAGGAGGAUGAGGAGGGCGAGGAGGAAGAAGAGAUCACCGUGUCUUAGGAGGCCCUCCAGUGAGCGGGGCUCUGGU